AUGCCUCUCCGCGUUCCACCUCCAACCCGUGUCGAGACGCUCUGCAUGGGCGCUGCCGGCAUCACUGGUCUCGUGCCCUUCUACCUGAUGGCUCCCGGGGCCGACGAGCGCAUGUCGAAGCAGACGCACAAAUGGGCGCCCCGCUGGGAGCGCAACAUCUCUCAUUUCAAGAGCCCCGCCGAAAAGAGCAUCCAACGCGUGACGCCACCCAUCGAGCGCGCCGUGCACCGGCUUGAGGAGCGCCUGCCGCUUGAGAGGGCCGCCAAGGGCAGCGAGCGAAGUAUCAAGAAGGCCUUGGAUAUGCUUGGAGUGAAGCACUCUUGA